GCGACACUGAGUACACAUUUGAAUUAUUGAUUGUUUGAAACGAAGUCGGAAUUUUUUACUUUGCUUUUAAAAUUCAUUCGGAAAAUUCUUUAUUUCUCGACAUUAAUAAGAUAAUUAAGAUUUAAGAAUGAUGAACCAAAAUAAUGAAAUACUAGACUGGAUAUAGAAGUGAACAUGCAAAAAAAUAAAUGGGAAAUUCUGAUUAUGAAGAAAGAAUAUUUAGAGAAUGUUCAGAAUCAACAAUGGAUUUUAGUAGCGGUACAAAGAAUGCAAUGGAUCGUCCUGAAUUUUACCCUUGCAAAUGGUGCAAGGGAAUGUUCACCGCACGUGCAUUGGAACUCCAUUCAGGAUCAUGCUAUAAGACACCAAGAAAUCAAAAUAAAUCUACCAACAUAAGAAAGGAAUCAUCCAAUAGGAAACAAUAUAAAUGUGAAUUUUGUUCUAAAACAUUCAGACGAGCAUUAAUAUUGAAGCGUCAUUUAUCAUCAAAAGCAUGUCAAAUAUCAGAGGAGAAGAUUCAUAAUAAUUCACUUAAUAAUAAUAAAUCAGAAUUGCAGAAAACAUCAGUAAUUAUAUCAAACAAUCAGAAUUAUUCUUCCAAGGAUUCUUCUGUUCCCAACAAUGGUGAUAAAAAUUCAAAAAGUAAAACAUUUCAACAUAUUCCAUGUAAAAAAUGUCAUUUGGUUUUUGCACACGAAAAGAAUUUAGAAGAUCAUUUAAAAUCUCAUAAACUUCACGAUAAAGGUGUUGAGUUGUAUGUUGAAGAAUAUGACUUGGAUGAUGACGAUGAUGAUGAUGAUAUCAUUCAAGAAGAAUCCAAUUCUUCAGAAAAAUUUGAUGAUUCUAAUAAAAAUUCCAGUCAUUUAGAAGAUAAUACUUUUCAGGAAUGUAAUAAUAAUAAUUCUGUUAAAACAAAUGAAAAUAAUAGCAGAACAUCAGUAAUUGUUAGAUCUGAGAAUCUAUUUUUGUGUCAUAAAUGUGGUCAAACAUUUUUGACUGAAGAUGAAUAUAAUCAUCAUUGUAUAAUGCAUGAAACAAAAUCACAUUGUUCAGUUUGUGGUGAAGAUGUACCACAGGAAACUUAUGGGGAACACAUUAUUCAGCAUGCUGUAGUUGAUGAUGGGCAGUUUCUAAGAUGUGCACAUUGUGAAAAAACAUUUUUAAAUGAAACAUUGCUUUUAGUUCAUUAUCGCAUUCAUAUUCAAGACACUCAGUUUUUUUGUACAGAAUGUAAUCAGGAAUUCCUUCAAGCAAUUGAUUUGAAAUAUCAUACACUUUCAGUUCAUGGGCAUUUGCAGUUACAACCAUAUCAUUGUUAUAUAUGCUUACGUAGAUUUUCUCAACCACAUGCUAUUAUAAAUCAUNGUUAA